AAUUGUAUCACUACACGAAGAUAAGAUAUCUGCCCGAAAUGUAUUUAAGGUGAAAGCGCUCAUAUUAUCGAGGAACACGUUCAUAACUAAGAUGAAGACCAUAUUGUCAGUGGGGGCAUGUUGGUUUUUAUUUGUGUUUAUAAAUGUUGAAGCGGUAACAGAUGGGGAUUUUCAAUCACUGCUUGCCAGGCUUUAUGCGCUCGAAGAAAAACAAGCAUUUUCCGAGCAACGAAUCGCUGCGCUGGAAACGGAAAAUAUGUUGUCCCAGAAAAGAAUCGCCGACUUAGAAAAGUACAAGACAUUUUCCGAAAGAAGGGUCGCUGCGCUUGAAAGAAAAAACAGAAGAAAUGAUGCACAUGCUAUCGUAAUGAAAAUGUAUGCACAAAAAGUCGCGCUUGAAAACGACAAGAUACUGUCCGACAAAGCCACAACGAAAGGAUUCGACAACACUCUGUCUGACGAAUUAUUUUCCUUGCUUGAUAAGGGCAAAAUAUUACCUAGCAAAAAAAUCUCUUCUGUUGAGAACGAAUAUGCAGUAACACCCAACCGGAGGGUCAAUGAUGAUAGAAACACUGCUGCGGAAACUACGAAUCGGCCAAAUGCUGUACUUCAAUCGGAACACAGACGAUUUGUUGCAGCAGGGACUGUAGCAUUUUCUGCAAUAAAACUGGAUCACCAAGAGCACAUGGGCAUAAAUCAGAACAUACUGUUCGGUAAUGUUCUCACGAAUGAAGGAGGCGGCUACCAUCCUAAUCUCGGUGUCUUCAUAGCUCCACAAUCUGGCGUUUACGUGUUCUCAUCUGCGAUUAUGACUAACAUUAAUAAAGAGCAAUAUUCUGCCAUAGCAGUCAACGGAAACCUCGUCGCGCAGAUUUAUGGCCAUGCAGACAAUGGAAGACACGACCAGGGCAGCCAGACGGUUGUCUUAAAGCUGAAUGCUGGAGAUGAAGUCGCUGUUCAAAAUAGGCAAUCAAAUGGUGAUGUCUGGGGUUCGCAGUUUUCGUCAUUCAGUGGCUGUUUAGUAUGGCUGUAAUAAAAUAGUUCCCGGCUUAUAAAACAUCUGUAGAAUAUUUCUGGACCCAAGCAAAUAAAACUGGUGAAGAAAAUCAA